AUGAAGAUUAUCAGUUUUAAAGCUAAUUAUUUCCAUAAAAAUAAUGAUGAGAGUCAGAAUAUGAAUGAUAAUGCUAUUCAGUACCUCAUUGACCAUAGCAUCAACAAUGUUAUCAGCCUGAACCAAUUCUGCCUAACUGAUAAUAUUAUCGGGAGAUUUAAGGAACAUAGCAUUAACUACCUCCACCUACCGGUUGUAGACUACACUGCUUCAACAAUUUAUCAGUUACAUCAAACAUAUAAUUUAUACUUUCUGGCUCAGAGAAUAACCCUUGUGUAUUGCGGAUAUGGGCACAGCAAGACAGAUACAGUUAUUGCCGCUUUCAUGCUGCUUAGUGACAACUAA